AUGAAAAGUGUGAGGGAGCGAAUUCGUGAAAUGGAGAGGAGGAGAAUGGAAAUGGAGAGGAGGGAAUUGGAAAUUGAAAUGGUGAGGGGGAGACUGAGGACCAGACCAGAGUCUGCUGGAUCUGAACCUAGCUGUGUGUCCUUCAAGAGCGACCAGUCCAAAGAUUCUUUUGUGGAUUUUAAACAUGUUUCUGACAAAGAGAUCCAGCAGCAGAAACCAAAGUCUCCUGAACCUGAACCUGAACCUGGACCUGGACCUGGACCUUUACCUGAACCAAGCUGCAUGUCCUUCAAGAGUGACCGGUCUAAGGAUUUACCUGAGACCUUCAAAGAUGGACAUCACUCUGAUGAUCCAAGGAGAAAGCUGGAAGAACCAGAACCCAGCUGUGUGUCCAUGAAGAGUGACGGGUCUGAGGAUUUGAUUAUAACCUUCAAAGAUGGACGUCACUCUGUUGAUCAAAGAGUGGACCAGGAUAUCUCAGAAGUUCCCAGUGGUCAGUCUGCUCAGGACUCCAUAUUUAUGGGACAAAAGAUGGAGACACCUCAAGAAGUUAUCUUGGGAAUUUUAGAAGAUUUGGGAACCAACGACUUUGAAAAAUUUAAGUGGUACCUGCAGCAGAAAGGGACCCUAAAAAACUUCCCAGCAAUCCGAAAGAGUAAACUGGAGAAUUCCAAAGUGAAGAACAUCAAGUAUGCUGGAGGAGCAGAGACAGAUUCACCCUGGAGUCCAGAGAGCAGGGAGAUGCAGAGACAAAUAAAUAACGUGUUUGCUUCCUGUUGUCUCUCCAGACUGAGUGGAUGUAAUCUGUCAGAGAGAAGCUGUGAAGUUCUGUCCUCCAUUCUCAGCUCCCAGUCCUCUAGUCUGAGAGAGCUGGACCUGAGUAACAACAACCUGCAUGAUUCAGGAGGGAAGCUGAUCUCUAAUGGACUGAAGAGUACACUCUGCACACUCGAGACUCUCAGUCUGUCAGGCUGUCUGAUCUCAGAGGAAGGCUGUUCUUCUCUGGUCUCAGCUCUGAACUACAACCCCUCCCAUCUGAGAGAGUUGGACCUGAGCUACAAUCAUCCAGGAGACCCAGUAGUGAUGUUACUGUCAGCGGGACUGAAGAAUCCUCUCUGGAGACUGGACACUCUCAGGGUGGAGCCUGCUGGAGUCAGAUGGUUGACACCAGGUCUGAGGAAGUAUUCCUGUGAACUCACACUGGACACAAACACAGUGAACAGAAACCUCAAACUGUCUGACACCAACAGAACGGUGACAUUAGUGAAGGAGGAUCAGUCAUAUCCUGAUCAUCCAGAGAGGUUUGACUCCUGGUCUCAGCUGCUGUGUAGAGAUGGUCUGACUGGUCGCUGUUACUGGGAGGUUGAGAGGAGAGGAAGGGUUGAUAUAUCAGUGAGUUACAGAGGAAUCAGCAGGAGAGGAAACAGUGAUGACUGUGUGUUUGGACGUAAUGAUCAGUCCUGGAGUCUGUUCUGCUCUGAUCUUGGUUUCUCUGUCUGGCACAAUAACAGAGGAACAUCCAUCUCCUCCUCCUCUGUCUCUGGUAGAGUAGCAGUCUAUGUGGACUGUCCUGCUGGCUCUCUGUCCUUCUACUCAGUCUCCUCUGACUCACUGAUCCACCUCCACACCUUCAACACCACAUUCACUCAGCCUCUCUAUCCUGGGUUUGGGUUCUGGGCUGGUUCUGGUUCUUAUGGUUCCUCAGUGUCUCUGUGUUCUCUGAAGGAGGAAACAAUUUCCUCCCCAGUGUUUUAAAUGUUGGUGGAGGACGAGGCUUCACUUUGGUUCACAUUUUUCUGAGAGUGUCUGGGGUCAGAUGGAUCUUUGACUAUGCGAGAGCUAUAAAGAUCAUCCAAGGAGGGCAGAGGGCAGUCCGGUGGUGAUGACGCUCGGGAGCGCUUUCGUCCCUGCUGCUGUGCAGCUAGAAAACUACAUACAGAUGCAGUAAGUCAGUAUACUCUUAUUGCAUGAUCAGUAUGUGUUUUGUAUAAAAACAUCUGUAGUCUCACAUGUACCUUUGCGCUAACUUCACUGUCAUAACAAAUUCAUUAUUAUGUUUUAUUCCUAUCUUUAUUCAAGAGCGCAUUCUUUCAAUUUUGAGAGCAUUUGUCAUUGAUUUUACGUUCAGAUUUUGUAAUAAUUUCCCUCAAAACCUUGCUCUUGUUAAAGUUAAGCACAAUGCUGGUCUUUGUCUUUGUGAUGUAUUCACAAUGUACGCUGUAGCUGGGUUAGGCAGGAAAACUGCAUCCCAGAAAUCUUUCAGGUUGUUGUUAUGAACUAAUGAAUGAACUUUGUAUAAAAUAAUUCAGAAUGAUUGAACAGAUUCCUGGUGUACAUUGUAAACUUCUUCCACUUCCAGUCCUUUAAAGAUGGAAUCUGUGAUCAUGAAAUUGUAGAAAU